AUGGUUAGAGAUUCGGAUCGCGCCCAAGACGAUGAGCGCAGCGGUCGUAAACGCCGUGCCAAUGACGAACCGCAAGACGAUCUUCCCCAGCCAUACAAUGCCAAUUCGCUUCAACCAGCAAAGCGACGCGCCCUCUCUCCUUCCGAACAGCCCCGGAAGUUGAAGCGUCCUGGUGCGCGCGCGCGUAUCUCGGAAUCCGAACGAGAAGCCAUCCGACAGCGCCAGCUUGAAAGAGAACGAGAGGCUGCAGCGGACGAAGCUGCCGACGCUGAACAGGAGAGGAUUCGAAACAACAGCGAUCUCGUGCGACAACACUACAACAAUGUACCGGAGCGCGGUCGCGACUGGAGAACGAGGGACAGCAAGAUCAAGGGGCUGCGCGUUUUCAACAAUUGGAUCAAGAGCUGCAUCAUUCAACGAUAUUCACCUGAUGAAGAUCAUACCCCUGGCUCGCGCGAGGCUGGACGCUCUAGCGGAAAGGACCUUCUUGUGCUCGAUAUGGGAUGUGGAAAGGGCGGCGACCUGAAUAAAUGGCAACAGGCUCCUCAACCCAUUCAGCUCUACGUUGGUCUGGACCCGGCUGACGUGAGUAUCGAACAAGCUCGCGAUCGCUACAGAACUCUAGGCAGUCGUGGAGGACGUGGAGGACGAGGCGGUCACCGACGACCGCCACCUCGCCUGUUUGAUGCUCGUUUCCACGUCAAGGAUUGUUUUGGCGACACUAUUGAAGAUCUUGACAUCAUUCAACAAGUCGGCUUCGAUGUUUCACUGAACCGCCGAGGCUUCGACGUUGUCAGCAUGAUGUUUUCUAUGCACUACGCUUUUGAGUCCGAGAGGAACGCGCGCAACAUGCUCCGCAACGUUGCUGGAGCACUCAAGAAAGGAGGGCGAUUCAUUGGCUGCAUCCCAAACUCUGAUGUUCUGGGAGAGCGAGUCCGCAAAUUCAAUGAGGAGGCUGCUGCUAAGCGCGCAGCCAAGCAAGAAACAGAGAAGAACGGCGACGGCUCAACAACCCCGCAACAGACAGAGCCUGAGGAUGGCGAACUGGAAGAGGGUGAGGAGGAGCCAACUGCUGAAUGGGGCAACUCCAUCUAUCGAGUUCGCUUCCCUGACAAGACACCAGAUGAUGGUGUAUUCCGACCUGCAUACGGUUGGAAAUACAACUUCUUCCUCGACGAGGCUGUGGAAGAAGUGCCUGAGUAUGUCGUACCGUGGGAGGCUUUCCGUGCUCUUGCUGAAGAAUUCAAUCUCGAACUUCAGUUCCACCGCACGUUCCCCGAGAUCUGGGAGGCUGAGAAGGAUGACCGAGAGUUGGGCCCUCUGAGCGAGCGUAUGGGUGUACGUGAGCGUGGCGGUGGCCCCCUGCUCGUGUCUGACGAGGAAAUGGAAGCUGCUAGCUUUUACGUCGGCUUUUGUUUCUACAAGGUCUAA